GUUCGUAGGUCGGUUCCAAUUCUUAACAGUUGACAACGAAGAUCCUUUUUAACAAUGUUUUUUUUUUUGCUUCUUCCUUAAUUAGAACAAACUUAACAGCUAAUCCAACUGGAAAUCGCGAAACCGCCCAAAUUCCCCAACGAAACCCGUCCCAUCAGUUACGAUUUUUUCCCCAACCGACGGCCAGCAACACUUCGUCGUUUGGAUCCUUCAUCGCUAAAAUGACCGUUGACGAAGGGAAGACGAGCGGUGUCUCCGUCACCGUUGACGCCAGCUCCGGUGCUGAGCCGGCGUUUUCGCGCCAAUAUUACUAUGGAACGUUCCAAGGCGUAAAUUCUCAGCCGCCGAUGCCUUCUGCUCCGCCUCCUCCAGCGUCUGCCCCGGUUGUUGGAUUCCCUCAACCGAUACCCCCACCUGGCACCGCCGUUCCUUCGCCCUAUUAUUAUCAUCAGCAUGUUGGUUAUCAAGCGGUACCAGGUUAUGCUGUUGCUGAAGGUAUAUAUGUUGUACCACGUAGGCUUCCUUGUUGUGGCAUCGGGAUUGGUUGGUUGCUGUUUAUUUUUGGUUUUUUCCUCGGUGCUGUUCCCUGGUACAUUGGAGCUUUCCUUUUAAUGUGUGCUAGGUUGGAUCACAGAGAAAAACCAGGACUUUUUGCUUGUACAUUGGCUGCGAUACUGGCGUUAGUGGCUAUUAGCCUUGGAGUGACAAAAGCCACCAAUGCCUGGUGAAGGUUCAAAAACUCCUGAAAGGGGUCUAUGUCAACAGUACGUCGAGGGGAGGGAAGUAAAUUGAACGAAGGAACACAAAGCAUAUGGUCAGAAAUGUGAAAGAUGAUCGGCAGCUUACCAUUAACUCGUCACACACAGAUAUAUGUAGUUUACAGAUGUAAAAUUGACUUGGAAGGUCACUUGGUUAUUUAUCUUUUGUGGAUAUUUCUUUUUGUCUGUGAAUAGGUUCUUUGGUGCUUGAUAUAUUUAUUUCAAUUACUUGGUAGAGUAGUGAAAAAGAAAAUCCUCAUUUCCCCCGAACACAACAAGAAUCAUCUUGUUCUCUCAAUUUUUUUUUUUAUUUUUUUUUUGGGAAAGAAUUAUCUUGUGGAAAUGUAGGAUUUAUGUGAAACUGAAUAAAUAAAAGUCAGGAGUAUUUACAUAUGGUUCGGCCAAUGCUCUCUAUUCUAUACUACAUAUCACAAAUUCACUUAGAAUCUGAGUGAAUGUGAAAUAAUUUUAUGAAAUAAAAAUGC